CACCUGAAAGUGAAAGUGAUUUGAGCAGAAGCUGCAGGACAUGGAGCAGCGAGAGAUUCUCCUGAUUUUCCUCUUCUCAUUCCUCCCCCAAUCAGGUGCAGAUCUGAAUAUCUUCCCAUCUUCCCAACGUGCACUCGCUGGCUCUGAUGUUCUUCUCCCCUGCAGCUUCCAAGUGGAUAAAACUUCCCCAAACCCUGAACCCCCAAAUGUAAUCUGGUACUUUCGGGAUAAGGAAAUUGUAAGAUUUGAUAACAAAGGUUUGUCCCUCAGCCAAAAGACUUCAUUUAACGGAUGGGCAGCAAAUAUGGGAGAUGCCUCCUUGUCUCUGGCCAACGUGUCCAUCUCAGAUGAAGGGAUCUACAGGUGUCGGGUGAUAUAUCAGCAACAACAGAAAGACACACAGGUCAUAUUAGAUGUUCUUGUUCCCCCAGUGAUCUUCAUCCCCAAUAAAGUUAUUCAGAAGAAUAAGGAAAACACUCUGAUCUGCAUGGCCAAUGGUUUCUACCCAGAAGAUAUUGAUAUAAGUUGGUAUAAAGACAAUAAGCACCUCACUAACUCUGAGUUGGGCAAACCAGAGAGGAACCCAGAUGGCACAUACAGAGUCACAAGCACCGUGACUUUACCCCCAAUGAAUGGGAAGAUGGAGCAUAACUUCUCCUGCAGAGUCCAACACCUCUCUCUCCAGCAGCCUCUCCAGGAAGACUUCCAGCUGGAGUAUGAAGAUGAAGAACACCCAGUUAUCAUUAUAUCCUGCAUCCUUGCAUUUGUUAUUCCUGCUGGAUUGGGAGCUGCUGUUAUAAUCUGGAAAUACAGAAUGAAAGCAUCUUCACAGGGUUACACAGUGAGUGAGAUUAAGGGGCCAGAGAAGUUGUUGGAUGGAGAAGAGGCCACUCUUUACUGUACGGUCAGUAACUGCCCACAGGGGGACCCACAGGUCACAUGGAUUGAGGAGAGGUCAGGAGACCAGUGGGAGAUACCACAGUGUCGGGACUCAGGGGAAGCAGAACAGCUGUUGGGUGACUCCUACUUGAUCACCUGUAGGAAAGAGGGGCUGCAAAGCUACUGCUCCUCCCUGAGAUUUGUACCCCGUGUGGGGAAACACAGAGACGUGACCCUUAUCUGCAGGUUGGUCUGGGCUGGGAAGACUACAGAGAAGAGAUUUCAGUGCACAAACAUUGCCAUAUUCUCACUGAAACCAAUUGUGGGGCCAAGAACACUGAUUGUUGGAGAGGAGACCAAACUGCACUGCACUGGGACCAACUGCGCUAGUGAUGUGCAGGUCACCUGGUCAGUGAAGGGAGGAGGAAGUGAUGAGUGGAUUGUGAUAAACCAAUCAGGAGAGGAGGAGGCCACAGAACCUCUGCUCAUUGGUCAGUACGUGGAACAUUGUGAGAAGGAGGGAAAUAACCACAUAGCGACUCUGACUUUCACUCCACACCUGGAAACUCACAAGGGAGCAAAAUUUAGCUGUAAAUUUGUCAGUGGUGGGAAAACCAAAAAGAAACAGUUUAACACUGAAGCCAUCCAAGCAAAGCCCAAGGUGCAGGAGCCAAUAAAUAUCACAUUCCAGGGGUCCCAGAAUCUGGACCUGACCCUAAACCUGCAGAGAUUUUACCCUAAAGACAUCAAGAUAAAGUGGGACUGUGGAGAGGAGACCCAACAACCUUCCAAGGAAGACUGGAGAGAAAACUCUGAUCUAACGUGGGACGUCACAAGUGUUUGUAGUGUCCCAAAGGGUCUCUUUAAGGAUCCAGCCUUCAGGGUGCGAGUGACCUGGGAACAUGAGUCAAUGGGUGACCCCGAAUCCAGAGAAGUAUCUGCGGCAGAUUUCCCCUGGCGCCCCCAAGUGGAGAGUAUGACAAUUCCAACACUGAGAGAGAAACAGGAAGUCUCCCUGAAGUGCAGGAUAUCUGGUUAUUACCCCGAUGAUCUCACUGUGCACUGGUUUAGACUGGAGAAAAGAGACAAGAAGGAAUCUCCACUGGAUACAGAGACCUACAGACAGACACUUACUGACUCACAGGAGCAGGGGGAUAAGACUUUUACCUGUCACUCCAGUGUCAUUUUUAUUCCUACAAACAAAUCAGAUCAUGGGGCAGAAUUUAUGUGCAGAGUGGAACAUCCCACUGGGACAGUAGAGAAGCGCUCAGGACAGUUACAUGUAUAUUCACCAUGUAAAGUAAAAUCUGCUUCUCCAAUUAGCAGGGCUGGAAAUGAGGGGCUCAUCUUCUCCCACAUCUGUUACUCAUGUAGUUGGCCAGUGAAUGUGGAUGGGACACUAUGGGGAAUAUUUAACCAACACACUGGUCUGGGAGGAGAAUGAAAACUGUGUCCACUUUGCCAAGGAAACACCAAGACCAAGGGAUUUGCAGCAACAGGUCAGAUCUCAUCUCCACUUUUGAAUAAGAAGCCCAGGGACGUUCAUCUAACAAUAAAUCUCCACUAGAUUAUAUAUGAGGCCAUGCACAUUAGUACAACAGAAAUGACAUGUGUGCACCCAUCUGAGAAAGAGAGAACCCCUCCCUGUCCAAUUAGUGCAUAAUAUUCCAAUGUGAAGGCAAAUUAGCCAUUCUGUAUAGUAAUAUCUGUUAUAGUAUAAUAAUAUAGUAAUAUCUAAAGAUUGUAAUAUUUGGCAAUGAAUGAGAUGGAUGGAAAAUGCCCCCCCCAUGCUAUUUGCACAUUGAAUGACCUGCUUACUAUAAACUUGUGACAUAGACAAGAGAGGAUUUCCUACAAUGCUCUCUGCUUUUCUGAUUUUCCUCUGCAAGGACUAGUGUUUUAUGUUGCGAUAAUAAUAAUAAUAAUAAAAUAAAAUUGUAAGCUCA